UGGCUUAAAUCGGAGCGCAGGCGGCUCAAAUCGCUCCAUUUAUUAUUGUUUUUAAUUUCGCUGGCGCGUCGGUUUUACUAUUUUGUUGUUAUUUUCUCCGCUGUAUAAAAUACUACUGUUUGUUAUGCUUCAUAUUUUAUAGUUUUUUUUUUAUUUAAAUAAUUCCCCAAGCGAGUGUUGUUUUUGUUCAAGUGUUUUAUCCCAAAAAAAACGCAUUCCUGGAGACGAAAAAAAAGAUGCGUGUGCGUGUGUAUUAGUGCAGUCUCUCCGCGCUGCAAUUGCAAAUGUGUGUGUAUGCUGCAACUGAAAACCAAAAUUAAACAAACAAAAGAGUAGUACAACAAAAAAAGUAAGAAAAACUUAACCAAGCGACAAUGUGAUGCAAAAAGGCGAUAAAGUAACAGCAAAGAAAGAGAAAAACGCGGAAAUGCAGUUGAGCGCAUAAUUUUUAUAAGCCAAGCGACAACGCGCACACACUCGAAGAAAAGAAUAAAACGGGAGAGAGGAAAUAAAUAUAAUUAAAGAAUUAAGAAAAAGAAGCAUCGGCGGAAAGGAGAAAGAAGCAGCAGCAGCGUCAACAAACACAAACACAAACAUAAAAUAUACCUGCGUGCGCUCUCUCUCAGGCAAUUGUGUGUGUGCGUGUGUAUGUGUGUGCCAUGUUCUCUAAACUACACUGAGCGAAAAAACCAAAAAUGUUGCAGGCCAUCAGCAGCACAACAGCAACAACAACAACGACAGCCGCAAAUACAGUAGACACACCAAAACACACCGAACACAACAGUGAGCAACCGAUAGUAGCGACACCGGAAGAGAAGUCCCAACGACGACGCUCCACAUUCUAUGUACCCCUGGUGAUAGAGGACGAAGAGGAGGAGGAGACGAAGAAUAAGAAGAAGGAGGCUCAAGAUCAAGAUCGCAAAUCGGAUCCGGUCCAAAAGUCCUCGAGCAACACCAGCCUCAGUAGCACCAGCAAUUCCCUGACCCAUUCCGAAACCAAAUCGGCCAAAAGCUAUAGUCUACGCAAAUCCAGCUCGGUGAAGAGCAGCGUGGCCAAGGUUAGUGCUCUUUUCGAGCGAAAGACCCCAUCGAAAAUGUCACCGCCCUGCGGUUUCAACUGGAGCAUAAGUGGUGGCGAGAAUACGGUCCAGUAUUCCGAUUCCGAUGAGGAUGAGGAGAACUCCUCGGAGGCGCGUCAUCGAGAGCAGCUGCUAAAGUCCCUGCCCACAAACUCGGCCAAUACCGCAUCCCCAUCGAAACUGAAACGAUAUGGUAUAGUACUAAACGUGAUCAGUUUGAAUGGCAGCGAUAACGAACAGUCCUCCAUGGGUAGUAUGGUGAUGGGAAUGGGUAGUACUAACAUACCACCCAGUGGUAUUCUGCUUUCUGCCAACAAUCAAAUACCAAAUACGGCACCCCGUAGCCAUUUCAAUGAGGAGAACGAUAUUGUCUUGGCCACGCCCCCGCCGCCCAAACAGCAGGCGCUAUCAUCGACGUCAUCGGCUGGAAACCAGGAAUCCAAUAACGAUUACGAUGAUGAUUCAGAGAUCAGUCGCAUGCAAACGAACACCUCGACGCCCAUAAAGCUAAUGAAAUCGCGAUCGCGAACCAAUAUAUUGGCCGUACCGCUGCCCUCGGUGGAGCGUGGUUUGGCCACAAAUAACGCUAAUAAUAAUAAUAACUCAUCGGUGGGAAGCAAUACGACUACAACGACUACGACUACGACGACGACGCUGAUUACGCUCCGUGCUAAAUCGAAGACCCUGCCGCAAAACCUAUCACCCUCAGUUGUUUUACGCGAGGCAGCCGCUUUGGAUGAGCUGGAAAAGAAGCGGGAAAAGUAUCAGGAUAAGCAGGAAAAGCUGCAGGAGAAGCAGCGUCAGCUGUUUGGCGGCAGCACAGUCAGUCAAAUAGGAUCCGGUUCGAGUUCGGUUUCGGGAUCCUCGCCAUAUAAGCUACAGAACAGCUGUUCGGCCACGUCCAUACUGACGCACAGUUUUCCGCCCAAGAACCUCUUUCUUCUCAAGUCCACGCCCAAAUUGUCGACGGAUAUAGCUGUUACGCCCCCGACAACCUCGGCGAUUUGCUCGCCACCCAAGAAAUCCCUGAGUUUCAUACGGCGAGCCCACUCCACCAAGGUGGCCCGAAGUAAUUCCCUGCUAAAAUCGAGUCAGACUGGCGUCAUAGGAUCGGGAAGUGGAACUGCGACGGGACUAUCAUCCAUUAAUUCGGCAGGCGUUAUGCAGCCGGGAUCAUUAUCCACCAGCUGUGCUGGGGAUAGUUCCAGUAACAACGGCAGCUGGGGCAAGCACUUUUACCAGCCCUACGAUGUCUGCCCCCUGAGUUUGGACGAGCUUAAUUGCUAUUUUCAGGCCGAUCAUUGUGAAGAACUGAUCUGCGAACGCUUUAAGGUCAGGGAUCUCACCAUACAUAUGGCAUCCGCAUCCGCAGUCGGAGCGGAUCUGUCGGUGGCCACGGAGAAUGAGACAACGGCCACGGCGGCGGAGGACGAUGCGGGACAUCAUUCCGAUACUUCCUAUGAGAAGGCGUGCCGCCGUGGAUCAGCGCCCACCACGCCCAUUUUGGGCAGCAAACAACACCAGACGGAGAGCAAUGCCACUUCGCGUUUCACCAACUUCUUUUCCAAAAAAUCCAAUCCCCUGAAGCGGACCAAGUCGGUGACCAAGCUGGAGCGGACCAAGCGCGGAUCCGGCGGACUGAGGGGAUCCCGCUCGCACGAGAGCCUGCUGUCCAGUCACGCCGUCAUGUCCACCAUAGAUCUCUCCUGCACUGGGGCGGUGGGCGUGGCGCCCGUGCAUCAGUCAGUCCUGGGACGGCGUCACUGUUUCCAGGUGCGCGGCGGGCCGCGUGGCGAGCGGUACUACUCGUGCGGUUCGCGCCAGGAGCGCGACCUUUGGAUCUACUCGCUGCGCAAGUCGAUCGCUCCGAAUGCGGAGCACACCCGUCGCACGGACAACUCGCUAAAGAUGUGGGUCUACGAGGCGAAGAACCUGCCGCCCAAGAAGCGAUACUUCUGCGAACUGCAGCUGGACAAAACCCUGUACGGCCGGACGUCGGUGAAGCUGCAGACAGAUCUGCUGUUCUGGGGCGAGCACUUCGACUUCCCCGACAUACCCGAGAUCAAUGUCAUCACGGUGAAUGUGUUCCGUGAGGUGGACAAGAAGAAGAAGCGCGACAAGUACCAGUUCGUGGGCUCGGUGAAGAUACCCGUGCACGAUGUGACCUCCAGGCUGCCAUGCGAGCAAUGGUAUCCCAUACUGAGCGACAAGGCGGGCGACAGUCUGGGCAGAACGUCGGGCGGCGGCGGCAGUGGGUCCAAGGACAAGGAGCAGCUGCCCACGCUGAGGAUCAAGUGUAGAUUCCAGAGCACCGAUAUCCUGCCCAUCAAUGUGUACGCCAACUUCUUGGCCUACCUCAAGGAGAACUACAAGCGGGUGUGCGAGACCCUGGAGCCGGUGAUCGGGGUGAAGGCCAAGGAGGACAUUGGCCAGGCACUGGUACUGCUGAUGCAUGCGCAGGGGCUGGCGGGCGCCUUCCUCACCGACGUGGUGGCCCUCGAUCUGCUGCGCGUGGGUGACCAGAGGCUCACCUUCCGGGGCAACUCGCUGGCCACCAAGAGCAUGGAGGCGUUCCUCAAGCUGACGGGCGAACAGUAUCUGCAGGACACCCUAUCGGCACCCAUUAACGAGCUGAUUCAGUCAGAGCGGGACUGCGAGGUGGAUCCGACCAAGGCGAGUGGCUCGUCGGCGGGUUCGCUGCAGCGACAGCAGGCCGCCCUGCGUGGCGCGGUGCGUGGGGCGUGGCAGUGCAUCUUUGAGUCGCACAAGCACUUCCCCGCCCAGCUGCGUAAUUGCUUCGCCACGUUCCGGGAGCGCCUGCAGCAGCUGGGCCGCCAGGAUAUGGCCGACAACCUGAUCUCGGCGAGCAUUUUCCUGCGGUUCCUGUGCCCGGCCAUCCUGUCGCCGUCGUUGUUCAACAUCACCAGCGAACUGCCGUCGGCUCGGGCUACCCGCAAUCUCACGCUGGUGGCCAAGACCCUGCAGACAUUGGCUAACUUCACCCGCUUCCAGGGCAAGGAGAACUUCAUGGAGUUCCUCAACGAUUUCCUCGAACAGGAGGCCGCCCGCAUGCAGCAGUUUCUGGAGAUUAUAUCGACACGGCCGGAGCAUCCGGCCCCGGACUCGAUACUCGAUUGGGCCGGCUACAUUGACCAGGGCAAACAGCUGUCCAUCCUGCAUAGCUUGCUCAGCGAGAGUCUGGCCAAAUUGCCGGAGGCCAGGCAGCAUGAGCUGGAUCCACUGCAGCACAUCCUGGACGAGAUCAGCCGGGCCAAGGAGCAUGGCUUGGGAACGGCCCUGCCGGGCGGAUAUCUGCCGGCCACCUCCUCCACGCACUCGAUAGCCAGCGAGAAUCAGGAGAAUCGCAAUCCGGGCUCCUCGGGCUCGCAUGCGGGCUCCAAUUCGGAGCAGUUGCUGCCACAACAGAGUCAGCUGGCCCAGCCGCAACAUGCGAUUGUUAGUAAGCCCCUGUCGGCGGAGCGUGGCAUUAUGAGGGGGGUGCUCACUCCGAAUUCCCUGGAGAAGAAUAUCUUUAGGUACAAUGAUCCCACGGUUAAUGGUGUGCUGCAGCAGCAGCAACAGCAACAACUACAGCAGCAGCAACAGCAACAACAGCUGCAACAGCAUCCCCACCAGCAACAGCCGCACCACCAGCAUCCCCUCCAGCUGCUCUCCAAUUCACAAACCUCGAUUGCUGGCAACCAAUAUAUGAGCUCGCCGGGAGGCCUGCAGCAUGCCCAAUCGCAGACCUCGAUGGCAUCCUCAUCGCUCAACGGCAGCAGCAGCAAUCUGCUGCAUGGCCACCAGCAGCAUGUCCACCACCCGCAGCAAAUGCAUCCACACCACUGCCCGCCGGCGCCACAGACAAGUGCCUCCAGCACCAUGGAGCGCAUGGAUCGGAUGAACUAUCCGCCGUAUGUGGCGCACAAUGGCAAUGACUACGAGGCCAGCACGCCGUCGAGCACUCGCUCCAGGACACUGCCACGAAAUGGUAAUGGAAAUCCCAAUGCCAAUGGCAACAUGAGCAGCAAUAACAACCAGAGCGGCAGCUACGACGACAUGCACGGCGAGUUCCAGAUCCAGAUAUCCGGGCUGGACACGAGCAGUGCUUUUGUCUGCAAGUCACCCACACCCAUGAUGAAAUCCGGUAUGGGUCCAGUUGGAGGAGCGGGACGAGGCCACCACAAGCUGAAUCUGGGAAUACCCGAUCAUUCGGGUGGCUAUGUGCGCGGCGGCAACAACCUGAAUCCCAACUCGAAUAUGCCCAAGAACCUGGAGGAUCUCGACGAUCUGUUCAAGUACGCCGAAGAGCACGACGUGGCGGAGCCGGCUAACCAUCACCCUCACAGCCAGCAGAAUCACCAGGGGGGUUCCCACCUCAAGCCCGCCGCCGUGCCGGGCAAGGAGCAACUGUCGGCGAAGAGCAGUCACUGCAGCUCUGGCUACCAGAGCAUCUCCACGAAUCCCUCGCCCUCGCAGUCCUCCAGUCCCGUGGAGAGCCAGCUGAAGGCCGCGAUGGGCAGUCACAAUGCGCCGCUGGCUUUUAAGAAUCCCUCCUACCAGCUGCAGCCCCAAACGGGCUCGUCCAGAUCAUCGGCUACAAGCAAUCCCCACCAGCAACAGCAGCAGCAGCAACAGCAGUUCGGCAACCGGCUUAAGCCCGUUAAAGGUGGACUGGUGGCCGCUCGGGCGGCCUUCCUCAACAGCGGAGGAGCCUUGGAGACGGCGGCCACAUUGACGCCAAGUUCAUCGGAUGAACAGCUCUCGGCGGAUAACUAUGCUAUAUAUAGCUAUGCAGCUGCGGCGGCGGCUGGAGCGGGCAUGUCCACCAAGCUGGAGGCUCAACGCUCGCUCAGCGGCGGCAGCAGCUCCUCCACCUCGGCAUCCGCGUCCACCUCGAAUCUGGGCAAGAGCGGUGGCUUCUCCGCCUACGGGCGGCUGAAUGGACCGCUCAAGCGGGAGGAUGUCUACGGCAGUGGCUACGGCGGCAGCAGUGGCAAUGUGGGCUACGGCCUGUCCACUUCCAGUGGCGCCGGACACCCUCAACAUCCCCACCAGCAGCAGCAUCAGUUGCAGCAACAGCAACCGCACAGGGAACGGGAUCAGGAACUGAAGCAGUAUGCGGGCAGUGUGGCGGGCAGCGUGGGAUCGGCCACUUCGGCUGCCCAAAGGCGGCUGAGUUUGGACUCGGCGCGCACGCUCUCCGACAGCAGCACGGAUACGGAGGGGCACUGCAAUCAAUUGCAGGAGGGCAAGCGACGCAGGCAGUUGCGCAGCAGUGGCGGCAGCGGCGGAGGAGGAGGAGGAGGAGUGGGUUCGGAACAGGGAUUGGGAAAGAGCUAUGACCAGAACGGAGAGAUCCAGCUGCUGCAGCAGACGCUGGACACGCUCUGCCACACGCUCGACCGCGACGAGGCGGAGCUGCGCGACUCCAGUGACGAGCUGUUUGGCCUACAGCGGCCAGCGGGCAGCGCCGGCAGCAACGGGUCGAACAAUCUCAGCCUGCAGUCGGAGUCCACCAUGCGCAGCAUCAUCGACAGUUUCUUUCAAUCCUCCUGUAGACUCAUCACCAUGGAGGAGGAACUGCGCCGCGAGCAGCUGAAGAUGUCGCUGGCGCUCUCCCACAAGCAGCGCGUGAUCGAGGAGCAGGGUCAGCAGAUCGCGGCACUGGACGCGGCCAACAGCCGGCUGCUCAGCGCCCUGACCGCCCUGCGCCAGCGGUACGAGACCCAGCAGCAGCAGCAACAGCAGCAGCACCAAGCACCACCAAAGACCCAGAAGCCACAGUGAGCGGAUGGGGGAAGAAGAAGGGUAGAGAUCGAAGGAGGAUUAGGAGGAGUCCGGGACCGCGACCGCGAACCAAACUGACGGAGGCAAAAUGCGAGCAUGCGGACACUGUCGCGGUUCUGUCUUAAGGAUACCUUUUUGUUUAUUUUUUUUAGCUAUUUUUUUUGUAUGCUACAUAAAUUAUACUACAUGUUUAAUAUAUAAUUACACAUUACAUAAAUA